CCAGACACCGACAACAAAGCGAGCUCAACUCUAACUUUAACCAGAGUCCCUACGAUGCCAGGGAAAACGACCAACGCAAACGAACCAGGGAUGAUCCUAUCUCCCAAGGACAGAACGAAAGCAAACUCACACACCAUCCCGCAACCCAAAACAAACGACUCAACACAAGGGCCCAAUAG